AUGAUGCAGCAGCCACCACCCGGAGGUAUCCUUCCGCAUCACGUUCCUCCUCCGUCUGCGCAGCAGCACUACGGUUACCAGCAACCGUCUCCUUACGGAAUGGCCGGAGCUCCUCCACCACAUAUGUGGAAUCCGCAAGCCGUUGCGCCGCCAUCAACUCAGCCGACGACCGCCGACGAGAUCCGGACUCUCUGGAUCGGAGACUUGCAGUUUUGGAUGGACGAGGCUUUCCUCUACGGUUGUUUUGCUCAUACCGGAGAGGUUGUUUCUGCUAAAGUGAUCCGUAACAAGCAAACCAAUCAGGUCGAAGGAUACGGAUUCAUCGAGUUUGUAUCUCACGCUGCUGCUGAGCGAGCUCUACAGACAUUCAACAACACUCCAAUCCCGAACAUUCCUGAUCAGCUCUUUAGAUUGAACUGGGCCUCGUUGAGCUCCGGAGAUAAACGGGACGAUUCGCCGGAUCACACCAUAUUUGUCGGUGACCUGGCUGCUGAUGUUACGGAUUACGUCUUGCUCGAGACGUUUAGAGCCUCUUAUCCAUCGGUUAAGGGCGCGAAGGUUGUGAUUGACAGAGCCACCGGACGUACGAAGGGAUAUGGUUUUGUUAGGUUUUCUGAUGAGAGUGAGCAGAUUCGUGCUAUGACGGAGAUGAAUGGUGUUCCUUGUUCUACUAGACCUAUGAGGAUUGGGCCUGCAGCUAGCAAGAAAGGUGUGACUGGUCAAAGAGAUUCUUACCAGAGUGGUUCAGGGGUUCCAACUGAUAAUGAUCCAAAUAACACAACUGUUUUUGUUGGUGGAUUAGAUCCUUCUGUCACGGAUGAUCAUCUGAAGUCUGUCUUUAGCCAAUAUGGUGAGAUUUCGCAUGUCAAGAUACCUGUCGGAAAACGCUGUGGAUUCGUUCAGUUUUCCGAGAAAAGCAGUGCAGAGGAAGCUCUUAGAAUGUUGAAUGGAAUGCAACUGGGUGGAACAACCGUCAGGCUUUCAUGGGGCCGAAGUCCUUCGUCGAAACAAGCAGCGGACCCGAGUCAGUAUUAUUACGGUGGGUAUGGACAAGGACAGGAACAUUAUGGGUACUCGAUGCCGCAAGAUCCUAAUGCAUAUUAUGGAGGAUACCCUGGCGGGUAUCAGCAGACGGCACAGGCUGGCCAGCGACCACCACAGCAACCGCCACAGCAGCAACAAGUCGGGUUCAGCUACUAG